UAAAAUAAGGUUUAGUCGACAAUAAACUCGUUUACAGAUUUCGCAUCUUCUGCUAUCCAACGCAUACCAAACACAACAAAACCCUAGCCACCUCAAAACCCCCAAAUCCAUCCCCAAAACCCUAAAUCCCCAAUUCAAUUCACCAUGGUGACCCCCAAUCUCGAGUGUCGCAUGUACGAAUCCCGUUACCCACAAGUAGACAUGGCUGUAAUGAUCCAAGUGAAGAGCAUUGGCGAGAUGUGCGCCUACGUUUCACUCCUCGAGUACAAUAACAUAGAGGGUAUGAUUCUCUUGUCUGAACUCUCUCGUCGUCGUAUUCGAAGCAUCAAUAGUUUGAUUAAAGUGGGUAGGACUGAGCCUGUCAUGGUUCUCCACGUUGAUGAGGAGAAGGGCUAUGUUAAUUUGAGUAAGCGGAGAGUUUCCGAGGAAGAUAUUCAGAUUUGUGAGGAUAGGUAUAAUAAGAGUAAGCUUGUGCAUUCGAUUAUGCGGCAUGUUGCGGAGACGAUGGAAGUUGAUCUUGAGGAUUUGUAUAUCCAUGUUGGUUGGCCCCUAUAUCGGAAGUAUGGUCAUGCUUUUGAAGCAUUUAAGUUAAUUGUCAAUGAUCCUGAUUCUAUUAUAAAUACACUUACGCGUGAAGUCAAGGAAGUCGGUGCUGAUGGGCAGGAGGUGACCAAAGUGGUACCUGCUAUGUCCGAGGAAGUCAAAAUGUCUUUGAUCAAGGACAUUAGGAGAAGGAUGACUCCACAACCAUUGAAGAUCCGUGCUGAUGUUGAAAUGAAAUGUUUCCAGUUUGAUGGCGUCCUUCACAUCAAGGCUGCCAUGCGGAAGGCAGAAGCUGCUGGAACUACUGAAUGCCCAGUGAAAAUUAAACUGGUUGCUCCUCCAUCUUAUGUUCUCAUUACUCAGACCCUUGACAAGGAACAAGGAAUUUCCGUGCUUACCAAAGCUAUUGAUGCCUGCAGUGAAGAAAUAGAGAUCCACAAGGGAAAGCUGACUGUCAAGGAGAAACCUAGAGCGGUGAGUGAGAGAGAAGAUAAAUUACUUGCUGAACAGAUGGCUAAGCUGAAUAUGGCAAACGAGGAAGUUGAGGGAGAUGACGACAGUGAAGAAGAAGACACAGGAAUGGGAGACAUUGAUUUGGAGUAGCCGUCCGAAAUAUAGGGAAAAACAGGAGACUGAGUUUGCUGGUCUAGGCCUAUUACUUGAAAGAUUAUAUUCCUUAAAUAUGUUCCGAUGCAUGCAUUGUAAGCUAAAGCUAUUUGGAGAUGGUAAUUACCCAUUUGUAAUUUUUUUUGCUGUUAUAUUGAGAAAUUCACUCUUAUUUUCAAAUA